GGAGGCUGAUGGAGGGAAAGAAGAAGACGAGGGAGUGAGGAACUACGCCACACUCCUGUGUGUGAGAGAGAGAGAGAGGGUGUGUGUGUGUGUGUGUGUUUUCUCGUGGCUGCUGACGUGUGCGCACGACUCCGGUGACAGGAUGAGUUCGUGCAGCAGCCGGGCGUUGACCAUCCUGUCCACGGUGUUCGGGGCCUGCGGGUUGCUGCUGGUGGGUGUGGCCGUGUCCACAGACUACUGGCUCAUCAUGGUGGAGGGCGUCAUCCUGCAGCAGAACCAGAGCAUGGAGGUCAAGAUGGCGCUGCACUCGGGCCUCUGGAGGGUUUGCUUCGUCGCCGGGUCAGAAAACGGGCGAUGUGUGGCGUCCGAGUACUUCACUGAACCUGAAAUCGAGAUCACCACAGAAAACACGGCAAACAUCCUCAAGAUGGUGCGCACCGCCACUCCCUUCCCCAUGGUGUCGCUGCUCUUCGUCUUCACCGCCUUCGUCAUCAGCAACAUCGGACACAUCCAGCCUCACAGGACCAUCCUGGCCUUCGUCUCCGGAAUCUUCUUCAUCCUCUCAGGCCUGAGUCUGGUGGUGGGCUUGGUGCUCUACAUCUCCAGCAUCAACGACGAGGUGAUGAACCGGCCCAGAGAACCCGAGCAGUUCUUCAACUACCACUAUGGCUGGUCCUUCGCCUUCGCCGCCUCCUCCUUCCUGCUCAAAGAGGGCGCGGGUGUGCUGUCCGUCUACCUCUUCAUGAAGCGCUACGCCGAGGAGGAGAUGUACCGCCCCCACCCGGCGCUCUACCGCCCCCGCCUGUCCGAGAGCAGCGACUACAGCGGCCAGUUCCUCCACCCGGAAUCCUCCUGGCCGCCGCCGCAGCGAGGCCGCAGCACCUCGGAGGCGUCCAGCGACAUCUCCAUCCAGCUCAACCGACCGCCGCCGCCGCCGCCAAAAAGCGGUGCCUCGAAGCCCGGCCGGGGCAGCCCGCCGCCCGGGCCUUCGCCCGCCUACCCCAACCCCCCGCCGCCGCCGCCAUCUUCCGGGCACACCCUGCCCAGGUCGCCUCACCCCCAAGGCCAGGCUCUGGCGGUGCCGCCGCCGCACGUGCCGCCUCCCCACUACCACGCACACAUGCACUUGAGCGCCUCCCCCUGUUAGGAAGGUGUGGCGUUCCAGAGCAGGAAGGACUGUUCGGACAUUUUACGCACGCCGUCAAAACAUGGAACCUUUUGACUCCAUGGAAUGUGACUUCAUCAUCUUCUUACAUCAUCAGCCCGUCUUUAUUUGU